AGCGUCUCUGCUGCCCGGGCGGAAUCGCUUCUUUCUCCCCGCUCCCAGGCGGCGGCAGCGGCGGCGGCGGCGGCGAAGACUCUCCCUCGCCGUCCUUUUCUGCGUACGCUGCUCAACCCUCUUUCACACACAUGGCGCUUCGCUUCAGGAGCGGCCGGAGGGGCCAGUUCAAACAUAUAGCUCAUGGCCUGAUCCCUGCAGCUACCAUAGCACCUAAAGCUGCCGUCCCCCGCACCCCUCCCCCUCGUAGUCCAAACCCUUCUCCAGAAAGGCCCAGAUCCGCUCUGGCCGCAGCUAUUCUUGUGACAACCCUAACUGGACGGACCAUUGCCAUCCCUCAGCCACGUCAUCGAUCUCUUUCUGAGAGUGAUGCCAGUUACUUGCAAGAUCAAGAAAAAUAUAUUGAGCCAUAUGCCACAGUCACCGAGCUGCGAAUGCGUCACAACUUGAAGAGCAAUGGUGAUGACAGGAGCAUUGGGCAGUCUUUGGAAGUAUCAGGCAGUUGUUGUGAGGAUGAGGACAUGGAUACAUAUGCUUCAGACACAGAAAAGGAACCAGAUCCAAAGUAUCAGGUUAUUGAUAAAAAAGUAAACUUUAGCAGUGAGGCUUGCUAUGCUGUUCCACACAAAAUUAAACAGGAAAAUCCCCCAGUAUCUUCUAGUGUUGAUGGUGAAGAUGAUUCUUUUCUCUGUGAACCUACUUGCCUCAUUCGUCCAAAUGUUCAGGUGGAAGAAAUUGAACCCUCUGGAGUGAGUUUUCAGGUAGAAAAAAGCACAACUGAAAGUACACUGAAUGAAAAGCCUCCACUGACUCCAGUCUGCAGAAUACAGGGACCGAUGGCCCUCCCUAGAGAAAAGUUCCAGAAACUGAAAGAAGAAAAUUGGCAUUUGAACAAUGCAAAUCAGGCCCUGCUUUCCGAACUUGAGGCAACAAAGCAGCAAAUGAAGAAACUCCAGUUAGAAAUUAAGAAACUAGAAAAAGAAAAUAGAAGAUUUAAAGAAACUGCACCAAAUUCACACAGUGAAGAGGAACUUGCAGAAUUGAUUUUAUUAAGACAACAGGCCCAGGAACUGGUGGAUGAAAAUGACAGUCUGAAAAUGACUGUUCAUCGUCUAAAUGCAGAAUUGAGUCGCUACCAGGCUAAAUACAGACCAAUUUCACCAAAUGAGAGUCUAAAAAUUGGAAGUCUGCCAAUGAAAAAACCAAUACCCCCAUGGCUGUUGGAUAUGAAAUAUUUAUCUCCUCUUCUAUUGGCAUAUGAAGACAGAAUGAAGGAAAAGGAAGACCUGAUUCUUUCACAUGAGGAGGACAUGAAGAUCUUUAAAGAUCGAGUUGAAGAGGUAGUGAAGGAAAACGAACAGUUACACCAGCAACUAAGUAAAAAUAGUACUGUGACCACCAAGGAAUGGCAGUGUCUCCAAAGCCAGGCCAAGCUAGUAUUAGAAGAAAAUACAGUAUUGGUGGAACAGCUUAAAAUACAACAAGCAAAAGCAAAAGACAACCUCAGCCAACAUGUCCAAGAAGUUUCUGAAUUAAGAAAACAGCUGAUGACUUUGGAAGCCAGGAGACAGAGCCAAGAAGAGGAGUUGAGCGAGUGUCAGAAGCAGCUGGAAGAACUGCGCUCCGCAUACAAACAGCUGAAAGCCACUGUGGGAGAUCACAUCACAAUGGAGGAGCAUGUGGCUUUGGUCAAUAAAUUCAAAAGUCAGUUGCAACAAGAACAGCAAAAGAGAGAGACUGAGUCAGAGCAGCUAAUGGCGAAAAUGACAUCCCUGCAAGCAGAAAAAAAAGCCCUCCUUCUAGAGAAAAAUGGCCUAGCAGCUGAAAAGACAGUCCUCAAAGUUGAGCUGGAAAAGACACAGAAGACAAAGAGACGAUCACAGAAGAAAAUAGGCCUUCUGAAGGAGCAGCUGGAAGAGGCAGUGGAAGAGGAGAUGGCAGCACGCCGGAUUCUAGUAGACCUGGUCAACUUGACAGAAAAUAUGACUCAAGAACGUAAUCGUCUUUUAAACUUGACCAGUUGCUUGGAAAGACAGCAGGAUGGUGUUCUCAACAAAAUAGUAGAAGGAAACAUGCGCCUAGGGAUGUUAGAAGAGAAAGUGAAGGUGUAUAAAAAGACGGCUGCCGGAAAGCUUGGAGACAUCAGCCUCAAAGCAUCGGAGCAAGAGAAGGAAUUUGCCGGGAAGGCUGCUCAGUAUCAGCGUGAGAUGAGGCACCUCCAGCGGCUGCUGCAAGAGAAGCAGGAAACCCUCGAUGAAGCGCUGCAGCAGAAAAGGGAAGUGGAAAGUGAACUUGAAAUAAUUUGGGAAUCAACCACCAAAGAAAACAGGAGGAUGAAGGAACUCUUGCAUAAAUCUCUAGAGAAGAGGAACACACAGAGUCCUGUCAAAGCUUAUGAAUCAGAUUUAGCUGACAUUUCUCAGAAAGACCUGCUGGUUGGGUACGGUUUUAGCUACUGUGAUGUGGAGCUUCUCUUGCCUGCGAAAACUCAAGAGUCAACAGGAACCUGCAUGUUAAGAACACAGACACUCCUUCCUUUUUCAGAGGAGAAUAGUCUGAAAGAAACAAACAUGAAGAGCAAAGUAGUUUAAUCAGAAUACAGUUGGCAUUGUAUUCAA